AUGUCCACGAGCAAUAUAAUAACAGAGCUGGUGAAUUAUAGUAGGUCGACAUCUGUGAGGGGUGUUCCGAAGUUUGUGAACUCGAAAGAUAAAGUUCUGAAGGCGUUAUGGAUGGCCUGCGUUCUCAUCUGCUUCUCAAUUCUCAUUUUCCUCCUAGUUAACUCCUUCCAGAAGUUCUACUCCUGGUCCGUCAUGACACAGUCGGGAGAACUGGUGCGAUUGCAUUUGUGCUCUUUGAAGAGGAUAGGGGGUACCAUAACCUUCCCCGACGUGACCAUCUGCAACAUCGACCCCUUCGGAGCCGCCUACCCAGCAUCACUACCGAUUGAUACCUACUUAAACUUUAUUGAUACUUACAGACCGAACUUCAAAAACAUUUUCAUGGACGAGUAUAAAAUAGACGCGUCCGAGGAGAGAACCAUGUACAAUGACCUCUACUCGAUCCCCGCCUACAUUCAAAAUCUGCCUAAGUACGAUGAACUGGAGAACGCGGAGUGCCCUCAUUUCAUUGUCAAUUGCGAUAUUUUCAUGUUGAACUGGAUCAACUCAGAAUUGAACUGCACCCAACGAACGAAACAUUUCAAAUUUUGGGACCAAAAUUAUUACACCUGCUACACUAUAAGCACUAGUAAGAUAAACUCAUUCCCGAAUAUCACAGUUCGCGGUUUGUUCUUGGUAUUAAAUGUAGGACCCACACAUUUUAACCAGCUAAAACAAUUUCAUACCAGACGACUAUCAUAA